AUGACUGAAAGCGAGAAUCAAGAAGCAUCUAGCAAGAAGAGUUUCAAGACUUGUGACAAUAAUGAUCCAUCACCUUGGUCAGAUCUUAACCAUGAAUUGCUUUUUACAGUUAUGAUGCAACUGGGAGUUGUUGAUUUUCCUGCAUUCAGUGGAGUUUGUAAGUCAUGGAGGUCAUUUGCACUUUCUUACAAAACCAAGUUUAUGGAGUCCAGACCAAUCAUUUGCAUGUCUAUCUGUACUGAGUCUAAUGAAGAAGACUACAACUAUUACCUUGAUGAUAUAAAUACUGAAGGAAGAAGCUUCAAUUCAAUUCUUCCUCAUUCUGGUGGGAGGACAUGUGUUGGUUUUACUGGUGGACACUUGAUCUUAUUCGGGAGUAAAACUCAUGAUUUCUGGCUUCUUGAUCCUGUCACAAGGCACGGAGUUCAUUUCCCUAAUAUCCCUUCUUCAGUAAGUGAUGAUCCAGCAAAUAUCAGGGGUUUUCUUGUCUUUUCACCUUCAAAAUCCGGGUGGGUGUUUGUUAUGACAGAUGGAUCUGCCAAUAUAUGGUAUUCUAUAUCGGGUCAAGGCGAAUGGAAUCAUGUCUCAUCAACUUCUCCUAUUGUUGAUUUAAUUGCUUUCAAUGGAAAGAUGUAUGCCAUAGACAACUCUGGUCAUUUAUGUGAACUGACAAUUAAUCCUGAGCCUAAAUUAUCGAUACUUGAAACCAAGAAUUUUCCUAACUUUCCCAAACUUCAGCAGUUUUAUUGCUCGGGUGAAAGCCUUUAUGUGAGCAGAUAUUUGCCAGUGGUAGGUCAUUACGAAUACCACAAACUAGAUUUUGAGGAAAUGAAAUGGGUGUUAUGUAAAAGUUCAAGAAAAGCAUCAUCCAGUAACACCAAGUUGAAGCGUAUUGCUGCUGCUAAACAAGGAAAAAGCAAGUUAUUUAUUUGGCAACAUAUGGUAUACCCCAAAAUUGUUUGA